AUGGAGGAACAGCCUGGUACCAGUUUGGACCAUGCAUGUGUCAAUCUGCAAAUUUUCCUUCUUGUGUGGAUAGUCGAGUUAAAGUCAAGCCAGGCAGAAGGCCCCCAAAAAUGGUAUCAAGGAAACAAACAUUUUGCCCCAAAACACCCUUGUAUAUGCAAUAAUAUGAGGAAAUUGUGUCCCAAUUAUGAUAGGGAAGAUGGGCUAGAAACCGUCUUGGAGGUGCCAGUCCCUGAAGAGAUGUUCAACACCAUGGGGAGCAAUGCUGCCCUGCGUUGGCAGAACAUGCGUGCCUUAAUGAAAGCGCAAUCUGCCAAAAAAUCGACGCAUUUACAGGCCAAAUCAAACAAUGAGUUCAUGGCAUUGCUCAAGCUUAUUGGGUCUCCGCUCAUCCCUUUUCGGGUCCAAACCGAUCACGCCCUCACCGUCCCCCUCAAAGAUUGUUCUAUUGAGGCUUCGACGGCAAAGUACAUAGUACAACAAUAUGUGGCCGCGACGGGAGGAUUAGCAGCAUUGAAUUCAUUGAAAAGUAUGUACGCAGUAGGGCAGGUGAAGUUGGUAGGAUCAGAGAUGCACCAGAGCGAUGAUAGCAUUCGCACCAGAUUUUUAAGUGUCCUUAGUCUCAUUAGAGGCAAUGUUGAGGUGGGUGGGUUUGUAUUAUGGCAAAAGAAUCCUGACUUGUGGUUCUUGGAACUAGUUGUUUCUGGGUACAAGAUCAGCGCAGGCAGUGAUGGCAAGGUUGCUUGGAAUCAAUCCUCUUCUCAACCCGGCCACGCCAAUCGAGGCCCUCCUCGUCCCCUGCGCAAGUUCUUUCAGGGAUUGGAUCCAAGAUGCAUAGCAAAUUUGUUUCUGGAAGCUGUAUGCAUAGGAGAAAAAUCUGUAACUAGUGAAGACUGUUUUAUACUAAAGCUUGAGACUCCAUCAAACAUCCUUAAAAUCCAAAGCUCACCAAACACUGACAUAGUCCAUCACAAAAUCUGGGGUUACUUCAGCCAGAGAACAGGACUUCUGGUAAAAUUUGAGGACACAAAGCUUGUGAGGAUGAAAAGUCCGCGAGGGAACGACAGCGUUUUCUGGGAAACAACGAUAGAAUCAGUAAUCGGAGACUACAAAUACAUUGAUGGUAUUAACAUAGCACAUUGUGGAAAGACUGUUGCAACAUUGUAUAGGUAUGGAGAGUCACAUAAUCACAAGAGGAAGAUUGAAGAGACAUGGAGGAUUGAAGAGGUUGAUUUUAACAUUUGUGGGUUGUCCAUGGACUGCUUCUUGCCUCCAGCGGAUCUCAAGAGAAAAGAAGGAAAUGAACAGAAACUAGAGUGUGGCAUAGGAAUAUUAUGGGCUUCCUUGCCCAUGUAAUUGCUGGGGAUUUCAUCCUCUUAGUUUCUUAAUGAGAGACGUUCUUUACUUCAAAAGAAGUUUUAGAUGCCAAGCUCAAUCAGGUUAAGUUGGGUGAUGUGCAUUUUUGUUCUUCCUCAUUUUAUGGCUGGAGUUUUGGUUAGGGAUCUACCUUGACAAUCUCAGUAUACAUAUAAUGUAAUUACUCAUGAAAUUUCGUGUCUCCAUCACCUCGAAUUUGUGCAGAUGACAUUGACAGGCACCAACUUUAACCGAAUUGCUGUAUCCAAUUCAUUUUAUGGACCUGCUUUUGGAAUCUAUCAAUGGUGCUCGUUUAUUAUAAUAAAUAAUUGAAAGUGGGGUAGGCUUCAAGUUUCUGUCACUGCAUAAUGGAUCCACAGGAGUAUGAUGAGAAUCCAUACAUCGAAACAUGGUGAUUUUAGAGUCUAGAUGGUGAUUUUAGAGUUUAGUUUAUAAGGGAGGACAAAUCUCUUGUUGUCAACUUGUGCUUUCAUUAGAGAGUUAGUCUCGAACUUGGGAUGAUAGACUUGGGCUCUCAUUUCGUGUGGUGGAUAUUCAUCACUGGUGCUUUCAUCGCCUGCGUGCAGGCCGGUUGGUUGUUAUGCAUGAGGUCGUGCGUGCUCCUAAGGGGAGGAUUGAUGAGAAUCUCACAUCAAAAGAUGGUGAGUUUGGAGUCUAGCUAGCUUAUAAGGAAUGACAAAUCUCCUAUUGUCAACCUGGAUUUUCAAUAAAGAGUUAUAUCCAAACUUUUGAUGCUAGACUUGAAUUCUCAUCCCGUGUGGGGGAUAUUUGUAGAGUAUUGGUGCCUUUAACACUCAUAAAUGUGUAGUAUUUAAAGGUAUAUUUUUGUUAAAGAAAUUUUAAAAUGAAAAGAUGUGAUAAUUUUGGAUUGUUAGAUAUAAAUUUAAAUU